CAUGAGGGCGCACUAAAUCACUGUUGACUGUAUUGUGGACAACAUGUAGCACUAAAUGCGAAGAUGGCAUGAUUUUUUUAAAGACUGUAUAAGAAAUGUAGUAAAACUGCACCUAACAGGAGCCAAGGAUUGAUCAUGUAGCCUACAUAUGAUGGAAGCGGAUCAUUGGCGUGAAGGGCCAUAUUGAUCUUGAAUCAAUCUGAAUGGGGAGAUCGGAGGAGUCCCUAUAAGAUGACACGCACAGAUCCCCCUGAUAUACUGGUAUCUACUCUGUAUCGGGACAUCAAACUAAAUCCCAUCACUGGGCGCUCCAUUUCGCUCAGCCCCUUCCAACAAUGUGACUCGCAAAUGAUUGACAAACUGGAGCGACACACGGAAACCAUUAACAAAAGACACUGCCGUAGCUUUGACUACCUUGAGUCAUUGGACGACCCACAGCCCUUUUCUGCCUCAAUGGAGUAUCCUUACAAGAGGACUGAGCAUCAGAGGGUGCAUAAAGAGGUGACCUGGAAUGGCCUGGAUCAUCCAGGACACCUCCGUUUCUCGUCCCCUGAUCUGUUCAACACUAGACUACCCCCACCACAGCAUGCUAACCCAGACAAAACCAGUCAGGCCACGAGGUCAGAUUCAAAGAAAAGGACAAGAUCAAAAAGUGCUCCCAGAGUCAAGACCACCCUUACCCCUGUGCCCAUGUCAGUCUCUCCACCGGUAACCAGGAGAGGACGAGGUGUCCCACAGGCUGUACCAGACCCCCCUCUAAGGACAUCUGAACCACACCGGGACUCUUACUCCUCUAACCAGGCUUUUUCGAAUGAGGUACACCCUAUAAAACUGCAACCACACUCUCCCCUCUACGUCUCAGACUGUUUCUCUGAGGAGAGUAAACAGGAUGAGCCAGCCAUCACUCCUCAUGUCAGGUGUCGUGUGGAUAUCAAGCCAGAUGCAGCGGUCCUGCAGCACACAUCCAGGAGGUCUCAGAGCAUGAGGACUGAACAUCCCUGGCAGAGAUACUCCUACUUCAGUCAGAGCAGAGGUCUGUCUGUGCCACGGCAGGUACGGACACCCACACCAAACGACUGUUACAGUGGCGAUUAUAGACAAACAUAUCAGUACACUACCUGCGGGCCCCCCAGCUACAUCCAGCCAUUAGACAUGCGAAGGGUGCCCUCCACUAUAAUGCCAAGGGAAUACUUGUCAAGGGAGCAGAGGACUCUUUCAAACCCCAAUAUACCCACUAAAUUCUUCUACACUGAGGAUCCGACCAGAUACCCUGUCCACCCCUCUGCUAGAGCGUACUAUCAGGAUGAUAAUUCUAGCCUCACCAGCCAAGGCAGUACUCUUAAUGGUCAGUAUGUGCAUGAUCCACGGACUCGCUGGGUUCACACUCUCCCAGUCCGGCCAUAUUACACAGAGCAACACAUGUCCAGCAGAGACCCUGUGCAGGCUGUCUAUACCAGACCUUACUCCACAAGCGAAGCAGGGCCAUACUUUGCUCAAACACAACAGGCAAAAGCGUACUAUGGGGAAGAACCCAGGGGCUAUCCCUGUCAGUCGAAUGGCUCCAGGAUGUUAUACAGCAAGCCGUACAACCCCCCAGCAGAACAGUAUAUUCCUUACAGGGCAUAUCACACGGAGGGCCGUCGACGUACACAAAUGUCCCAGGCCUAUGCAGAUGACUGGUAUUGUUCAAGUAUAUCUGGAUACUCUAACCAGUCCUCUCAGCUGACACCACAGAGAGUAAGAGAAGAGCCAGUAAUGUCCCCCUGGUUUGAAAACAGUUAUGUGGAGCCAACCAGACUGGGAGCAGAAGUCAGAAAACACUCAAAGUCCUGGGACAAUAUUCUUUAUCCUCGCCAUGACAGGGAGCAAGCAGUGCCGUGUGGACGCAGCUAUGAUAAUCUGUUAUAUCAGGGGAGACAUGCUCUGUUUCCUAAUGAUACACCAAAGCCAGUUAUACUCAAUCUAUCUAGUUCACCAAGGCGCUAUGCUGCCCUGUCCCUCUCUGAAAACUCCUUAGAGAAAGGUCCAAACAAUCCUGGAAGGAACACUAAGGCUGGGCUAUGGUUUGUAACUCCUGAGAUCACGAUAACCGACAAUGACAUACGCGCACGCAACCACAAACUGCAAGAUGUGCGUUCAGCCACCUGGGAUGCACUGGAUUGUGAAAAGGUGCCAACUCUAAAUGUUCUUCGUCAUCAAGAGCAGCCAUCUGAGUCAGCGGAGCUGACCAAAGACAGACAACACAAAGAUUAUUCCCUGCAGCAGAGCCUAGAGCAACUGGAUGAGCUGCUAGCUGAUCUUGUCACUGAUUACAAACCCUCGACCAGCAGGCGGCCUAGUCAGGAUCUAAUGGACCAACUAAAACAGUUGAUUAGUGAGGAUGAUGAAAAAGGAAAGCUAAUAUCUUCAGGCCUAGAGAGUCUAGGAGGCCUAGAGAGUCUAGGAACUCUGAGCUCACCAAUCGCCUCCACUAAAACCAGCCCUGACACAAUCAAAGACCCAGACAGUGGGUGUGAUGGCUUACAGAGCAUACAAAGGAGUCCAGAGGAGAUCUCCCCAGACCACAGCACAGACGACGAUGACACCAUGAUGUGUGCCAACAAGAAGUGCAAGCGGACAGAGACCCUGUUCAAUGCCUGUCUUUACUUCAAAUCCUGUCAUAGUUGCUACACCUUCUACUGCUCCCGGAACUGCCGUCGGGAUGACUGGGACAGCCAUAAAGAGAACUGUCUAUAUGGGUGUAUCAGUAGUGUGUGCAGGCACAUGCUGAAGUACUGCAGAGAGAACUCUGAGAUCCAUAAAGCCUUCUCUCGCAUUGCCAAAGCUGGCUACCUUUCCAGAGGGAGAGGCAUUCUUUUCCUGGGCUUUGCUAACCCAGGGACUGCUGACAACUUCCGGAAGGUUGGGCUUGAGAGCCUUGUCAUGUCCCCAACAUAUCUGUCUCUAAGAGAGCUGGACAGCUUCAAAGACAACCUGGGGGAUUACUGUAAGGACCUGCAGCAGGCUGGCAAUGAGUAUGACCCCAAUGAAUGUUUUCUCUUGAAUGUAUCCAUAGCUGUUGGUGAGCUAGUGCCUAACAGACCUUCACCAAGGGUCCAAACACCAACAGUUCGAAAAUAUGCAAAGAUUUCGUUGGCCUCCUCCAGCCCAGAUAAAAAGGUCUUCAAGAAGGAAAGUGACAUGGAGACACUCAUUCUUACACCGCCACCAGGCACACCUGAUAUUGACAAAGAGGGAAAGGAGGGUAUGAAAGCCAGAGAGAUCUGCUUUAUCAAUAUCCAACGUGAGCUCAGGACCAGGGGAGUCUUCCUGCGUCAUGAGUAUCCCAAAAUAUACCGUCAACUCUGUGAAUUUGUGGAGAGCAACAAGAGAUUCACGCCCACUACCAUUUACCCUAUAGAUAAGAGAACAGGGAAGCAGUUCAUGUGUAUGAUCAUGGCUGCUUCUGAGCCCAGAACACUAGACUGGGUGGGUACCCCCCAUCUCCUGGAUGAUAUUAUAUAGUACUGAUCUGUGCACCUCUGAUGUCACCUAUAUGUACAUGUAUGUACAUGUGAUUUAACAGAUAUUUAUGAUGGAUGUUUGUAGAUACACAUGUAUUUUACAUCAGAAAGGAAGAUUGUUAAAGGGAUACUUCAGGAUUUUAUCAGUGAAGCCCUUUAUCUAUUUCCCCAUUAUCACAUGAACUCGUGGAUACUAUUUUAUGUCUCUAACUAGCACAAUUACUAACUAGCGUUAGCGCAAUGACUGGAUGUCUAUGGUAACUGCCAGCAUGCUAGUAGAUACCAUAGACUUCCACUUUUUGUGCUAACGUUAGUUAGCAUUGGCUCGCGAAACUACCUCUAACUUCCUUCAAACUGGAUGCAGAGACAUAGAAAUGGUAUCCAUGAGUUCAUCUGACUCUGGGGAAGUAGAAAAAGGGCUUAAUUGCCAAAAUCCUGAAGUAUCCCUUUAAUAAGACUACCAGUAGUAAUGUUUGCAUAUUAAUCACUAAGAAUUAGAUAUCAUUUAGAAGUGAUUCAUACAAACAAUGUGCAGGAAAGGUUGACUGACGUUGCACACACAAACAAACUAUAAUGUAACACUUUAUCAUUGUAGUUUUUGGUUGAAGUAGCAUUGUUUUGAUCCUGUUCCACUGAAAUAGUUUGAUCUGCAUGUAAAAUGGUCAUACUGUAUUUACAAGUCAUUAUUUAGUUUUAAUCCCUGUUUAGACAAGGUACUGUCUGUGUUGAUACCAUAUGAACUGGGUUGGAACAAGCACAAAUAAUAAAAAAUAUAACUGAAUAUAACUGAGGGAGGCACUACUAUUAAGAACAUUUAUAAAGUAAACUAGAUUAAAGCUUCAAAGCAUAAUCUCCACUAGUGUUCUACUUGUUGAAGCUUUUCUCAGCAGCUGGAAUAUAUAUUUAAAAUACUGACCGUUGUAUUUCUGCAGAUGCUUCAAUAUAUCCAGAAAUUGUUCUAAUUUGAAUAUCAAGAAUCUCUUGAAAUUGCUGUGUUGUGCCAGGGUCUGGGUAGAAAUCUUAGUUAAUACUAUUAAUAUCACUGCUGAUAAUAAUACUUUCAUUAUGCCUACAUAUGGAUAAAAAAAUCAGGUGUCUACAUCUACGCUCUGAAUCCUCUCACCCCUUGAGUUUCCCAGUUGUUGAUUUUGUUUUAGGCAUUUGAAUUGCACCCUCUUUCAUCACUUUGUUUAGAUUUUGUACUGAUUCUACACUGCUAAAUUCAUUGUAACACGCUUGAUAACUUGUUUGAUAGUGGCCUUCAGUAGAAAAUGCAUUUGACAGAAAGCAAUGUGUGGAUUUGUUUUGUAAGGCUUGACUCUUGACUGUAAAUUAAUGUGGUGCAUUUGCUUGACAUUGCAAAUGAACAUUUAUUUUGCUUAAAGCACGUUAUUUAUAUUCAGGUAUUUUAAUAUUGAUUAUGCUCAUGAUAAGACUGACAAUGGUUAUAAUAAACUGACAUUCAAUGCUUGGGAAUUGAAUAUUAUUUUCGAAGAUAUAUGAAAUAUUAGUACUACUAUUUUUGGUUGAGGAAAAAAUGUUUUAACUAACACAUUUGUUGAAGAAUAUCUAUUAAUAUCCUAUUCCGCCCAAUGUAUUUCAUACCUGUAAAUGAACACACACAUGCAAUAAAAAGAAGAAACAAAAGAGCAACUUAACAUUUAAACAGGACAUAUUGGUAAUGAUAAGUUGGAGCUUUGAGCUGCUGUGAGCUUCUUUUGCACUUGAACAUAAAUGAUACAGAAUGUCUCCUAAUGCAUCUACACAGCACUGAAACAAGCAUGUUAUGUUUCCAUUGAUAGAGCCUGACAAAUCUAAAGUUGCUAUUUUUUUCCUCCUGCAAGAUGUCACCCAAUUUUCUAUUUUGUGACGUUUAUAACCCAUGUAUAAUAAACUGAAAAUAAAGACUGA